UAGUGUGCAGUGUUCGUCGUCUAGAUGGGGAAAAAAGUCAAAAAAGAGGCUGAGACAUGCCCGAAAGAUGUGUUCGACCCUUUACCCAUCGAAAGCAAAACUGCAGCAACAGCAGUUCUGAUGCUCAGCUCUCCUGAAGAAGAAGUGCUGGCCAAAGCUUGCGAGGCCAUCCACAAAUUUGCAGAAAAAGGUGAUGAGAAUAAGACUUGUUUGAUGUGUUUGGGAGCGAUUGAACCCCUUUCUCACCUCAUAUCUCAUGAAGACAAGAUUGUGCGCAGGAAUGCUGUCAUGGCUUUGGCUGUCAUGGCUUCUAACAAUGAAGUUAAAAAGCGCUUGAAGUGUCUGGAUGUGAUACCUGCAAUAAUCAGCAAACUGUCUCCUGAAGAGAAUGUUAUGGUCCAUGAAUUUGCCACAUUGUGUUUGACAUCAUUGUCAGUGGACUUCUCCUACAAGAUCCAGAUAUUUGACAGCAAUGGACUUGAACCUCUUAUUCAGCUAUUGUCCAGCCCAGAUCCAGAUGUGAAGAAAAACUCAGUGGAGUGCAUCUUUAAUCUAGUGCAGGACGUCCAGAAUAGAGCGGCUGUGCAGCGUCUGAAUGGACUCCCUCCACUUCUGGACCUGCUGCGCUCAGAGUUCCCAGUCAUUCAGCAACUUGCACUGCGCACUAUAGAGAAAAUCACUACUGACACCGAAACCUGUGUGGCCUUCAGGAAUGUACAGGGCUUUGAGAGAAUCCUGGAGGUUGUGGCGAUGAAAGAGUUUAGUGACCUGCAUGAAAUGGCUCUCAGGGUCAUCUUGAACUGUCUGGAGGACACUCAGUCCAUGCAGCUUUUUCAGACGAUGGGGGGCCUGGAACAACUACUGCAGUGUGUUGGCACAUCCACAGUGGCUGAAGUGCAGGCAAAUGCAGUCAAAGCAGUAGCCAAGAUGGCACAGAGCAGUGAGAACAGAAAAAUUCUGCAUGAGCGGAACAUAGAAAAAACUCUCACUGACCUUCUCAUGCAGGAGAAUGAAAGUGUACGCAUGGCUGUGUGCCAGGCUGUGGCAACAGUGAGUCAAAACCUCUCCAGCAGAGACACAUUCAGAUGUCUGGAUGCAAUCAGACCCAUCGUGCAGCUUCUGAACAGUGAAGGAAGUGAAUUAAGAACGGCCGCAGCAGAGGCCUUGUCCAGCCUGACCAACAGCAACAAUCUCAAUGCUUAUGCUAUAUACGAUGCAGAAGGAGACAGGCUGUUGGUGCGACAGCUGCAAGACAGCUGCACUGGAGCAGCUGUGCAUGCGGCAUCGGCCUUGACAAACAUGGCAUCGCAGGAGGAUCUGCGUAAAAGCAUUCUGUCCCAUGAAGCCAUGCCAGCAUUGGUGGAGCUGCUUCACUCCACUGAUAACAACAUUCUCAUCAGUGCAACGCAGGCUGUGGCUUCACUGACCUGUGAUGCAGAGGCCAGGCAGGAGCUGAGAAAUGUUGGAGGGCUGUCGGCUUUAGUUCAGCUGCUCAAAUCGAUCAAUGCUGAAAUUCGCAGAAAUGCUUCCUGGGCAAUUAGUGUGUGUGCAAACGAUGAAAUAACAGCCCUAGAAUUGUGCAAUGUCGGAGCUCUAGAGAUCCUCCAGGAAAUCAACCUGUCAUCACAUCGUAGCAACAAAUUCAGUCAGCUGGCACUACAGAAGCUUAUGGACAGCAAUCUAUCGUUGAAGUAUAGUUUGACUGGACACCUGUCAUCCAGCGAUAUUACCACUGAUGGCUUCUAUGACCCUGGACAGAUAAGAAUGGGUCAUCAGUUCCCUGUAUUAGAGGAUAUAUCAAAACAAGUGGUCAACCAGCAUCGAGCCACUAUUGCCGUUAAUGGGAAUCCUCAGAAUCAAUUUAUUACCAAAGGACCAGAGGAAGGUAAGCAAGACAGUCCAACAGAAACUCCCUCCUCCUCUGUUUUGAGCGGCAAAAGAAGCAGCAAAACACCAAGUAAAACAAAGGCAAAAGGUCACAAAGAGGAAGAUGAGAAAAAGAAAGAAGAGGAUGAGUGUAAACCACAGCAAGAGAUGAUGGUGGAAGAAACGUGGAGUUUGCCGUAUGAUGCUGCAUUUCACAAUCUUGUCAAAGAGGCUGCAGAAUCCAUAAUGCCACUUCAGGAUGAGGUCAAAAUGUAUACAGCUUUGGCCAUGUUAGUAUGUGAUGCAAUGGGCGGUCGGGUUGAGCCACAGAAGCUUCAUGACUUUCUGUGGGAGCUCCACAUUAGCGAGCUGAAGUUUGAAGCCUGUUCCAACAUCGUUCUCAUUGGAAAGAUUAAAAAGGGCACAUACUUUCACAGAGCAUUACUUUUUAAGGUUCUUGCUGACCGGAUUGGGCUGAGCUGUAGUCUCAUCAGAGGAGAAUACAACCGUGCCUGGAAUGAAAUUCUCAUUAUGGGUCCAAAGAAAACUUAUGGUUAUUCUCAGCCUGAAAGCUAUAUCAUAGACCUCAUGCAUCAACCUGGAAACCUCAUAAAAAGCAACUCACAAGCAGCCCUAAUAUAUCAGACCAUUUAAUGCAGAUAUGUUUUGUGUGUGUGUUUGUCUAUAGGGAAACUAAGAGGGGUGGGAUAAAGUCAAUAAUUUGACAAUAUAUAAAUUAUACUCUGUAAAA